AUGGAACGAAAGCACCAACCGACGCAAACAACAAAUGGACCUGAUUCGAGUGUUUUAUCUCAAGCAACGUCUACUAACGCUACGCAGCAGCAUUCUUCCAAUGCCCUGGACACGAACGCCGGUAAUGGAGAUGGGAACGAUGUUGCAAUUCCUCCGAACUCUUUUAACUUUAUCGGACGCCUAACUAGUGAAACUCACCUGUUGCUAAUUUCGGAACCGAAAGUAGUGGUUGGCCGGGCAUUACCGGGAACCGACGUAGAUUUCCCUGUUGCCGCCAACAAGCUGAUUUCUCGCCAACAUUUUCUCAUCCAGUACUGUAGUAAUGAAUUUUCGGUGGUUUGUCUCAGCAAGAAUGGUGUGCACAUGGACGAAAGAUUUCUGCCGAAGAGUGACACUCCGUACAAGCUGGAAACGUCUUGCUAUUUUCGCUUCCCUUCCACGAAUAUUAAGGUAAUUUUCGACAAUCUGAUCGGACCGACACCGAACCUAGGCGUGGUAGUGCAUUCGGACAUGAUGCCACCUUCCGUAUUGAGCUUGUUGUAUAAUGGGCCCGUAGCGACGACACUUAGCGAUGCUACUGUUAGCAAUAACUUCGAAAACACGGAGAGCAACAAACAAUACCAUGCUGUCAGUCCGUAUAUUCAGAACACGUUCAGCAAGCUGCUGGGACCGUCACCGGUUAGUAUCCCAUCAAGUGUACAAGUGGGGUCUAAUAUUGAAGUCCCGAAUGCAGCACAAGAAAUCACCGAAAGUCUGCCUAGUGCCGAUCCCGUCAACAGUGCCGACGGCAAGCAGCUAACCUCUAAACCAUCGUCGCGCGAUAAUAAUAAGCCACCUUACAGCUACUCUCAGAUUAUCGUUCAAGCGAUUAGAGCUUCACCGUCACAGCAGUUAACACUGGCUGAGAUCUAUACCUACCUGCAGGAAACCUAUCCUUACUUUCGGACCCGGUCUGGUGGUGGUUGGCAAAACUCGAUACGUCAUAACUUGAGUUUGAACCCAUUUUUUGUCAAGAUCCCACGUACACAAAAUGAAGUUGGGAAAGGCAAUUACUGGCGUAUCGAUAGUAGCGUGUACAACAAAACAAUAGCGAACCGUUACCAAAAACAUAAAAGGCGAGCGACAAUCAUUUACACGGGUGGUCGUACCGGCAGCACAUGCAGCUCGACACCAGUCUCAUCCAAUCUUGGUAGUCAUUCGGAUCCGGCUCCACUGAUAGAUACGGAGAUGUCUUUGUCGGUUCCCGGUUCACCGGAAUAUUUGUAUGAUGAAGAUUUGUAA